AUGUCCCUGUCCACGUCCACGUCCACGUCCACGUCCAUCUCCACGUCCACGUCAUACCAUCACCCCGUCCCAUUCUCCUCUCUUUCCAUCUCCCCGCCCCAUUCUCCCGCUUUCCAUCACCCCACCCCGUUCUCCCACUUUCCAUCAACCCGCCACAUUCUCCCCCUUUCCAUCACCCCGCCCCAUCUUCCCGCUUUCCAUCACCCCGCCCCAUCUUCCCGCUUUCCAUCACCCCGCCUCAUCCUCCCGCUUUCCAUCACUCCGCCCCAUUCUCUCGCUUUCCAUCACCCCGCCCCAUUCUGCCUCUUUCCAUCACCCCGCCCCAUUCGCCCCCUUUCCAUCACCCAGCCCCCCUCUCCCGCUUUCUAUCACCCCUCCCCAUUCUCCUGCUUUCCAUCACCUCGCCCCAUUCUCCCGCUUUCCAUCACCCCGCCCCAUUCUCCCUCUUUCCUUCACCCCGCCACAUUCUCCCUCCUUCCAUCACCCCGCCCCAUUGUCCCUCUUUCCAUCACCUCGCCCCAUUCUCCCUUUUUCCAUCACCCCGCCCCAUUCACCCCCUUUCCAUCACCCCGCCCCAUUCUCCCUUUUUCCAUCACCCCGCCCUAUUCUCCCUCUUUUUAUCACCCCGCCCCAUUCUCCUGCUUUCCAUCACCCCACCCCAUUCUCCCUAUUUCCAUCACCCCUCCCCAUACUCCCGCUUUCCAUCACCCCGCCCCAUUCUCCCGCUUUCCAUCACCCCGCCCCAUUCUCCCGCUUUCCAUCAUCCCGCCCCAUUCUCCCUCUUUCCAUCACCCCGCCCCAUUCGCCCUCCUUCCAUCACCCCGCCCCAUUCUCCUACUUUCCAUCACCCCGCCCCAUUCUCCCGCAUUCCAUCACCCCGGCCCAUUCUCCCUCUUUCCAUCACCCCGCCCCAUUCUCCCUCUUUCCAUCACCCUGCCCCAUUCGCCCUCUUUCCAUCACCCCGCCCCAUUCUCCCUCUUUCCAUCACCCUGCCCCAUUCUCCCUCCUUUCAUCACCCCGCCCCAUUCUCCUGCUUUCCAUCACCCAGCCCCAUUCUCCCGCUUUCCAUCACCCCGCCCCCCCCAUUCUCCCUCUUUACAUCACCCCGCCCCAUUCUCCCUCAUUCCAUCACCCCGCCCCAUUCUCCCUCUUUCCAUCACCCAGCCCCAUUCUCCCUCUUUACAUCACCCCGCCCCAUUCUCCCUCAUUCCAUCUCCUCGCCCCAUUCUCCCUCUUUCCAUCACCCAGCCCCAUUCGCCCCCUUUCCAUCACCCUACCCCAUUCUCCCUCUUUCCAACACCCCGCCCCAUUCUCCCUCUUUCUAUCACCCCGCCCUGUUCUCCCUCUUUUCAUCACCCCGCCCCAAUCUCCCGCUUUCCAUCACCCCACCCCAAUCUCCCACUUUACAUCACCCCGCCCCGUUCUCCCGCUACCAUCACCCUGCCCUUUUCUCACGCAUUCCAUCACCCCGCCCCAUUCUCCUGCUUUCCAUCACCCCGGCCCAUUCUCCCGCUUUCCAUCACCCCGCCCCAUCUUCCUGCUUUCCAUCACCCCGCCCCAUCUUCCCACUUUCCAACACCCCGCCCCAUCCUCCUGCUUUCCAUCACCCCGCCCCAUUCUCCCGCUUUCAAUCACCUCGCCCCAUUUUCUGCUUUCCAUCAACUCGCCCCAUUCUCCCGCUUUCCAUCACCCCGCCCCAUUCUCCCGCUUUCCAUCAACCCGCCCCAUUCUCCCUCUUUCCUUCACCCCGCCCCAUUCUCCCUCCUUCCAUCAACCCGCCCCAUUCUCCCUCUUUCCAUCACCCUGCCCCGUUCUCCCUCCUUCCAUCACCCCGCCCCAUUCUCCCUCUUUCCAUCACCCCGCCCCAUUCGCCCCCUUUCCAUCACCCCGCCCUUUUCUCCCUCAUUUUAUCACCCCGCCCCAUUCUCCUGCUUUCCAUCACAUCACCCCAUUCUCCCUCUUUCCAUCACCCCUCCCGAUUCUCCCUAUUUCCAUCAACCCGCCCCAUUCUCCCGCUUUCCAUCACCCCGCCUCAUUCUCCCGCUUUCCAUCACCCCGCCCAAUUCUCCCGCUUUCGAUCACCCCGCCCCAUUUCCCGCUUUCCAUCACCCCGCCCCAUUCUCCCGCUUUCCAUCACCCCGCCCCACUCUCCCGCUUUCCAUCACCCCACCCCAUCUUCCCGCUUUCCAUCACCCCGCCCCAUCUUCCCGCUUUCCAUCACCCCGCCCCAUCCUCCUGCUUUCCAUCACCCCGCCCCAUUCUCUGCUUUCCAUCACCUCGCCCCAUUCUCCCGCUUUCCAUCACCCCGCCCCAUUCUCCCGCUUUCCAUCACCCCGCCCCAUUCUCCCUCUUUCCUUCACCCCGCCCCAUUCUCCCUCCUUCCAUCACCCUGCCCCAUUCUCCCUCAUUCCAUCACCCUGCCCCGUUCUCCCUCCUUCCAUCACCCCGCCCCAUUCUCCCUCUUUCCAUCACCCCGCCCCAUUCACCCCCUUUCCAUCACGCCGCCCUUUUCUCCCUCUUUUUAUCACCCCGCCCUAUUCUCCUGCUUUCCAUCACAUCACCCCAUUCUCCCUCUUUCCAUCACCCCUCCCCAUUCUCCCAAUUUCCAUCACCCCGCCCCAUCUCCCGUAUUCCAUCGCCCCGCCUCAUUCUCCCGCUUUCCAUCAGCCCGCCCCAUUCUCCCGCUUUCGAUCACCCCGCCCCAUUUCCCGCUUUCCAUCACCCCGCCCCAUUCUCCCGCUUUCCAUCACCCCACCCCAUUUUCCUGCUUUCCAUCACCCCACCCCAUUCUCCCACUUUCCUUCACCCCGCCCCAUUCUCCCUCCUUCCAUCACCCCGCCCCAUUCUCCCUCUUUCCAUCACCCCGCCCCAUUCGCCCCCUUUCCAUCACCCCGCCCCAUUCUCCGUCUUUCCAUCACCCCGCCCCAUUCUCCCUCUUUUUAUCACCCCGCCCUAUUCUCCAACUUUCCAUCACAUCGCCCCAUUCUCUCUCUUUCCAUCACCCCGCCCCAUUCUCCCUAUUUCCAUCACCCCGCCCCAUCUCCCGCUUUCCAUCACCCCGCCCCGUUCUCCCGCUUUCCAUCACCCCACCCCAUUCUCCCACUUUCCAUCACCCCGCCCCUUUCUUUCGCUUUUCAUCACCCCGCCCCAUUCUCCCGCUUUCCAUCAACCCGCCCCAUUCUCCCGCUUUCCAUCAACCCCCCCCAUUCUCCCGCUUUCCAUCAACCGGCUCAUUCUCCCUCUUUCCAUCACCCCUCCCCAUUCGCCCUCUUUCCAUCACCCCACCCCAUUCGCCCUCUUUCCAUCACCCCGCCCCAUUCUCCCUCUUUCCAUCACCUAGCCCCAUUCUCCCUCUUUUCAUCACCCCGCUCCAUUCUCCCGCUUUCCAUCACCCCACCACAAUCUCCCGCUUUCCAUCACCCCGGCCCAUUCUCCCGCUUUCCAUCACCCCACCCCAUUCUCCCGCUUUCCAUCACACCGCCCCAUUCUCCCGCUUUCCAUCACCCCGCCCCAUUCUCCCUCUUUCCAUCAACCCGCCCCAUUCUCCCGCUUUCCAUCACCCCGCCCCAUUCUCCCGCUUUCCAUCACCCCGCCCCAUUCUCCCUCUUUCCAUCACCCCGCCCCGUUCUCCCUCAUUCCAUCACCCCGCCCCAUUCACCCUCUUUCCAUCACCCCGCCCCAUUCUCCCUCUCUUUCCAUCACCCCGCCCCAUUCUCCCUCUUUCCAUCACCCCGACCCAUUCGCCCCCUUUCCAUCACCCCGCCCCAUUCUCCCUCUUUCCAUCACCCCGCCCUGUUCUCCCUCUUUUCAUCACCCCGCCCCAAUCUCCCGCUUUCCAUCACCCUGCCCCAAUCUCCCACUUUCCAUCACCCCGCCCCGUUCUCCCGCUUUCCAUCACCCCGCCCCAUUCUCCCGCUUUCCAUCACCCCACCCCAUUCUCCUGCUUUCCAUCACCCCGCCCCAUUCUCCCUCUUUUCAUCACCCCGCCCCAUUCGCCCUCUUUCCAUCACCUCGCCCCAUUCUCCCUCUUUCCAUCACCCUGCCCCAUUCGCCCUCUUUCCAUCACCCCGCCCCAUUCUUCCUCUUUCCAUCACCUUGCCCCAUUCUCCCUCCUUUCAUCACCCCGCCCCAUUCUCCUGCUUUCCAUCAUCCCGCCCCGUUCUCCCGCUUUCCAUCACCCUACUUCAUUCUCCCGCUUUCCAUCACCCCGCCCCAUUCUCCCUCUUUCCAUCACCCCACCCCAUUCUCCCUCUCUUUUCAUCACCCCGCCACAUUCUUCCUCUUUCCAUCACCUCGCCCCAUUCGCCCCCUUUCCAUCACCCCACCCCAUUCUCCCUCUUUCUAACAUCCCGCCCCAUUCUCCCUCUUUCCAUCACCCCGCCCUGUUCACCCUCUUUUCAUCAUCCCGCCCCAAUAUCCCACUUUCCAUCACCCCGCCUUGUUCUCCCGCUUUCCAUCAUCCCGCCCCAUUCUCCCUCUUUCCAUCACCCCGCCCCACUCUCCCGCUUUCCAUCCACCCGUCCCAUUCUCCCGCUUUCCAUCACCCCGCCCCAUUCUCCCGCUUUCCAUCACCCCGCCCCGUUCUCCCGCUUUCCAUCACCCCGCCACAUUCUCCCCCUUUCCAUCACCCCGCCCCAUUCUCUUGCUUUCCAUCACCCCGCCCCAUUCUCCGCUUUCCAUCACCUCGCCCCAUUCUCCCGCUUUCCAUCACCCCGCCCCAUUCUCCCUCUUUCCAUCACCUGGCCCCGUUCUCCCUCCUUCCAUCACCCCGCUCCAUUCUCCCUCUUUCCAUCACCCCGCCCCAUUCGUCCCCUUUCCAUCACCCCGCCCUAUUCUCCCUCUUUUUAUCACCCCGCCCCAUUCUCCUGCUUUCCAUCUCUCACCCCAUUCUCCCUCUUUCCAUUACCCCGCCCCAUUCUCCCUAUUUCCAUCAUCCCGCCCCAUUCUCCCGCUUUCCAUCACCCCGCCUCAUUCUCCCGCUUUCCAUCACCCCGCCCCAUUCUCCCGCUUUCCAUCACCCCGCCCCGUUUUCCCGCUUUCCAUCACCCAGCCCCCCUCUCCCACUUUCCAUCACCCUGCCCUAUUCUCCCGCUUUCCAUCACCCCGCCCCAUUCUCCCGCUUUCCAUCACCCCGCCCCAUUCUCCCUCUUUCCUUCACCCCGCCACAUUCUCCCUCCUUCCAUCACCCCGCCCCAUUCUCCCUCUUUCCAUCACCCCGCCCCAUUCGCCCCCUUUCCAUCACCCCGCCCCAUUCUCCUUAUUUCAAUCACCCCACCCUAUUCUCCCUCUUUUUAUCACCCCGCCCCAUUCUCCUGCUUUCCAUCACAUCGCCCCAUUUUCCGGCUUUCCAUUACCCCGCCCCAUUCUCCCGCUUUCCAUCACCCCGCCCCAUUCUCCUGCUUUCCAUCACCCCGCCCCAUUCUCCCGUUUUCCUUCACCCCGCCUCAUUCUUCCUUCUUCCAUCACCCCGCCCCAUUCUCCCUCUUUCCAUCACCCCGCCCCGUUCUCCCUCCUUCCAUCAUCCCGCCCCAUUCUCCCUCUUUCCAUCACCCCGCCACAUUCGCCCUCUUUCCAUCACCCCGCCCCAUUCUCCCUCUUUCCAUCACCCCGCCCUAUUCUCCCUCUUUUCAUCACCCCGCCCCUUUCUCUUGCUUUCCAUCACCCCGCCCCAUUCUCAUGCUUUCCAUCACCCCGCCCCAUUCUCCCGCUUUCCAUCACCCCACUUCAUUCUCCCGCUUUCCAUCACCCCGCCCCAUUCUCCCUCCUUCCAUCACCCCGCCCCAUUCUCCCUCUUUCCAUCACCCCGGCCCAUUCACCCUCAUUCCAUCACCCCGCCCCAUUCUCCCUCUUUCCAUCACCUCGCCCCAUUCUCCCUCUCUUUCCAUCACCCCGCCCCAUUCUCCCUCUUUCCAUCACCCCGCCCCAUUCGCCCCCUUUCCAUCACCCCGCCCCAUUCUCCCUAUUUCCAUCAGCCCGCCCUAUUCUCCCUCUUUCCAUCACCCCGCCCUGUUCUCCCUCUUUUCAUCACCCCGCCCCAAUCUCCCGCUUUCCAUCAGCCCGCCCCAAUCUCCCACUUUCCAUCACCCCGCCCCGUUCUCCCGCUUUCCAUCACCUCACCCCAUACUCCUGCUUUCCAUCACCUCGGCCCAUUCUCCCGCUUUCCAUCACCCCGCCCCAUUCUCCCGCUUUCCAUCACCCCGCCACCUUCUCCCCCUUUCCAUCACCCCGCCCCAUUCUCCCGCUUUCCAUCACCCCGCCCCAUCUUCCCGCUUUCCAUCACCCCGCCCCAUCUUCCUGCUUUCCAUCACCCCGCCCCAUCCUCCUGCUUUCCAUCACCCCACCCCAUUCUCCCCUUUUCUAUCACCCCGCCCCAUUCUCUGUUUUCCAUCACCUCGCCCCAUUCUCCCGCUUUCCAUCACCCUGCCCCAUUCUCCCGCUUUCCAUCACCCUGCCCCAUUCUCCCUUUUUCCUUCACCCCGCCCCAUUCUCCCUCCUUUCAUCACCCCGCCCCAUUCUCCCUCUUUCCAUCACCCUGCCCCAUUCUCCAUCCUUCCAUCACCCCGCCCCAUUCUCCCUCUUUCCAUCACCCCGCCCCAUUCGCCCCCUUUCCAUCACCCCGCUCUAUUCUCCCUCUUUUUAUCACCCCGCCCCAUUCUCCUGCUUUCCAUCACAUCACCCCAUUCUCCCUCUUUCCAUCACCCCUCCCCAUUCUUCCUAUUUCCAUCACCCCGCCCCAUUCUCCCGCUUUCCAUCACCCCGCCUCAUUCUUCCGCUUUCCAUCACCCCGCCCCAUUCUCCCGCUUUCGAUCACCCCGCCCCAUUUCCCGCUUUCCAUCACCAUGCCCCCCUCUCCCGCUUUCCAUCACCCCGCCCCAUUCUCCCGCUUUCCAUCACCCCGCUCCAUUCUCCCGCUUUCCAUCACCCCACCCCAUUCUCCCUCUUUCCCUCACCCCGCCCCAUUCUCCCUCCUUCCAUCACCCCGCCCCAUUCUCCCUCUUUCCAUCACCCCGCCCCAUUCACCCCCUUUCCAUCACCCCGCCCCAUUCUCCCUCUUUCCAUCACCCUGCCCUAUUCUACCUCUCUUUAACACCCCGCCCCAUCCUCCUGCUUUCCAUCACAUCGCCCCAUUCUUUCUCUUUCCAUCACCCCGCCCCAUUCUCCCUGUUUCCAUCACCCCGCCCCAUCUCCCGCUUUCCAUCACCCCGCCCCGUUCUCCCACUUUCUUUCACCCCGCCCCAUUCUCCCGCUUUCCAUCACCCCGCCCCAUUCUCCCGCUUUCCAUCACCCCGCCCCAUUCUCCCUCUUUCCAUCACCCCGCCCUAUUCUCCCCCUGUCCAUCACCCUGCCUCAUUCUCCCGCUUUCCAUCACCCCGCCCCAUUUUCCCGCUUUCCAUCAACCCGGCCCAUUCUCCCUCUUUCCAUCACCCCUCCCCAUUCGCCCUCUUUCCAUCACCCCACCCCAUUCGCCCUCUUUCCAUCACCCUGCCCCAUUUUCCCUCUUUCCAUCACCUCGCCCCAUUCUCCCUCUUUUCAUCACCCCGCCCCAUUCUCCUGCUUUCCAUCACCCCGCCCCAAUCUCCCGCUUUCCAUCACCCCGUCCCAUUCUCCCGCUUUCCAUCACCCCGCCCCAUUCUCCCGCUUUCCAUCACCCCGCCCCAUUUUCCCGCUUUCCAUCAACCCGGCCCAUUCUCCCUCUUUCCAUCACCCCGCCCCAUUUUCCCUCUUUCCAUCACCUCGCCCCAUUCUCCCUCUUUUCAUCACCCCGCCCCAUUCUCCUGCUUUCCAUCACCCCGCCCCAAUCUCCUGCUUUCCAUCACCCCGGCCCAUUCUCCCGCUUUCUAUCACCCCGCCCCAUCUUCCUGCUUUCCAUUACCCCGCCCCAUCUUCCCACUUUCCAACACCCCGCCCCAUCCUCCUGCUUUCCAUCACCCCGCCCCAUUCUCCCGCUUUCAAUCACCUCGCCCCAUUUUCUGCUUUCCAUCACCUCGCCCCAUUCUCCCGCUUUCCAUCACCCCGCCCCAUUCUCCCGCUUUCCAUCAACCCGCCCCAUUCUCCCUCUUUCCUUCACCCCGCCCCAUUCUCCCUCCUUCCAUCAACCCGCCCCAUUCUCCCUCUUUCCAUCACCCUGCCCCGUUCUCCCUCCUUCCAUCACCCCGCCCCAUUCUCCCUCUUUCCAUCACCCCGCCCCAUUCGCCCCCUUUCCAUCACCCCGCCCUUUUCUCCCUCUUUUUAUCACCCCGCCCCAUUCUCCUGCUUUCCAUCACAUCACCCCAUUCUCCCUCUUUCCAUCACCCCUCCCGAUUCUCCCUAUUUCCAUCAACCCGCCCCAUUCUCCCGCUUUCCAUCACCCCACCUCAUUCUCCCGCUUUCCAUUACCCCGCCCCAUUCUCCCGCUUUCGAUCACCCCGCCCCAUUUCCCGCUUUCCAUCACCCCGCCCCAUUCUCCCGCUUUCCAUCACCCCGCCCCACUCUCCUGCUUUCCAUCACCCCACCCCAUCUUCCCGCUUUCCAUCACCCCGCCCCAUCUUCCCGCUUUCCAUCACCCCGCCCCAUCCUCCUGCUUUCCAUCACCCCGCCCCAUUCUCUGCUUUCCAUCACCUCGCCCCAUUCUCCCGCUUUCCAUCACCCCGCCCCAUUCUCCCGCUUUCCAUCACCCCGCCCCAUUCUCCCUCUUUCCUUCACCCCGCCCCAUUCUCCCUCCUUCCAUCACCCUGCCCCAUUCUCCCUCAUUCCAUCACCCUGCCCCGUUCUCCCUCCUUCCAUCACCCCGCCCCAUUCUCCCUCUUUCCAUCACCCUGCCCCAUUCACCCCGUUUCCAUCACGCCGCCCUUUUCUCCCUCUUUUUAUCACCCCGCCCUAUUCUCCUGCUUUCCAUCACAUCACCCCAUUCUCCCUCUUUCCAUCACCCCUCCCCAUUCUCCCAAUUUCCAUCACCCCGCCCCAUCUCCCGUAUUCCAUCGCCCCGCCUCAUUCUCCCGCUUUCCAUCAGCCCGCCCCAUUCUCCCGCUUUCGAUCACCCCGCCCCAUUUCCCGCUUUCCAUCACCCCGCCCCAUUCUCCCGCUUUCCAUCACCCCACCCCAUUUUCCUGCUUUCCAUCACCCCACCCCAUUCUCCCUCUUUCCUUCACCCCGCCCCAUUCUCCCUCCUUCCAUCACCCCGCCCCAUUCUCCCUCUUUCCAUCACCCCGCCCCAUUCGCCCCCUUUCCAUCACCCCGCCCCAUUCUCCGUCUUUCCAUCACCCCGCCCCAUUCUCCCUCUUUUUAUCACCCCGCCCUAUUCUCCAACUUUCCAUCACAUCGCCCCAUUCUCUCUCUUUCCAUCACCCCGCCCCAUUCUCCCUAUUUCCAUCACCCCGCCCCAUCUCCCGCUUUCCAUCACCCCGCCCCGUUCUCCCGCUUUCCAUCACCCCACCCCAUUCUCCCACUUUCCAUCACCCCGCCCCUUUCUUUCGCUUUUCAUCACCCCGCCCCAUUCUCCCGCUUUCCAUCAACCCGCCCCAUUCUCCCGCUUUCCAUCAACCCCCCCCAUUCUCUCGCUUUCCAUCAACCGGCUCAUUCUCCCUCUUUCCAUCAACCCUCCCCAUUCGCCCUCUUUCCAUCACCCCACCCCAUUCGCCCUCUUUCCAUCACCCCGCCCCAUUCUCCCUCUUUCCAUCACCUAGCCCCAUUCUCCCUCUUUUCAUCACCCCGCUCCAUUCUCCCGCUUUCCAUCACCCCACCACAAUCUCCCGCUUUCCAUCACCGCGGCCCAUUCUCCCGCUUUCCAUCACCCCACCCCAUUCUCCCGCUUUCCAUCACACCGCCCCAUUCUCCCGCUUUCCAUCACCCCGCCCCAUUCUCCCUCUUUCCAUCAACCCGCCCCAUUCUCCCGCUUUCCAUCACCCCGCCCCAUUCUCCCGCUUUCCAUCACCCCGCCCCAUUCUCCCUCUUUCCAUCACCCCGCCCCGUUCUCCCUCAUUCCAUCACCCCGCCCCAUUCACCCUCUUUCCAUCACCCCGCCCCAUUCUCCCUCUCUUUCCAUCACCCCGCCCCAUUCUCCCUCUUUCCAUCACCCUGCCCCAUUCUCCCUCUUUCCAUCACCCCGCCCUAUUCUCCCUCUUUUCAUCACCCCGGCCCAUUCUCUUGCUUUCCAUCACCCCGCCCCAUUCUCCUGCUUUCCAUCACCCCGCCCCAUUCUCCCGCUUUCCAUCACCCCACUUCAUUCUCCCGCUUUCCAUCACCCCGCCCCAUUCUCCCUCCUUCCAUCACCCCGCCCCAUUCUCCCUCUUUCCAUCACCCCGGCCCAUUCACCCUCAUUCCAUCACCCCGCCCCAUUCUCCCUCUUUCCAUCACCUCGCCCCAUUCUCCCUCUCUUUCCAUCACCCCGCCCCAUUCUCCCUCUUUCCAUCACCCCGCCCCAUUCGCCCCCUUUCCAUCACCCCGCUCCAUUCUCCCUAUUUCCAUCACCCCGCCCUAUUCUCCCUCUUUCCAUCACCCCGCCCUGUUCUCCCUCUUUUCAUCACCCCGCCCCAAUCUCCCGCUUUCCAUCAGCCCGCCCCAAUCUCCCACUUUCCAUCACCCCGCCCCGUUCUCCCGCUUUCCAUCACCUCACCCCAUACUUCUGCUUUCCAUCACCUCGGCCCAUUCUCCCGCUUUCCAUCACCCCGCCCCAUUCUCCCGCUUUCCAUCACCCCGCCACCUUCUCCCCCUUUCUAUCACCCCGCCCCAUUCUCCCGCUUUCCAUCACCCCGCCCCAUCUUCCCGCUUUCCAUCACCCCGCCCCAUCUUCCUGCUUUCCAUCACCCCGCCCCAUCCUCCUGCUUUCCAUCACCCCACCCCAUUCUCCCCUUUUCUAUCACCCCGCCCCAUUCUCUGUUUUCCAUCACCUUGCCCCAUUCUCCCGCUUUCCAUCACCCUGCCCCAUUCUCCCGCUUUCCAUCACCCCGCCCCAUUCUCCCUUUUUCCUUCACCCCGCCCCAUUCUCCCUCCUUUCAUCACCCCGCCCCAUUCUCCCUCUUUCCAUCACCCUGCCCCGUUCUCCCUCCUUCCAUCACCCCGCCCCAUUCUCCCUCUUUCCAUCACCCCGCCCCAUUCGCCCCCUUUCCAUCACCCCGCUCUAUUCUCCCUCUUUUUAUCACCCCGCCCCAUUCUCCUGCUUUCCAUCACAUCACCCCAUUCUCCCUCUUUCCAUCACCCCUCCCCAUUCUUCCUAUUUCCAUCACCCCGCCCCAUUCUCCCGCUUUCCAUCACCCCGCCUCAUUCUUCCGCUUUCCAUCACCCCGCCCCAUUCUCCCGCUUUCGAUCACCCCGCCCCAUUUCCCGCUUUCCAUCACCAUGCCCCCCUCUCCCGCUUUCCAUCACCCCGCCCCAUUCUCCCGCUUUCCAUCACCCCGCUCCAUUCUCCCGCUUUCCAUCACCCCACCCCAUUCUCCCUCUUUCCCUCACCCCGCCCCAUUCUCCCUCCUUCCAUCACCCCGCCCCAUUCUCCCUCUUUCCAUCACCCCGCCCCAUUCACCCCCUUUCCAUCACCCCGCCCCAUUAUCCCUCUUUCCAUCACCCUGCCCUAUUCUACCUCUCUUUAACACCCCGCCCCAUCCUCCUGCUUUCCAUCACAUCGCCCCAUUCUUUCUCUUUCCAUCACCCCGCCCCAUUCUCCCUGUUUCCAUCACCCCGCCCCAUCUCCCGCUUUCCAUCACCCCGCCCCGUUCUCCCACUUUCUUUCACCCCGCCCCAUUCUCCCGCUUUCCAUCACCCCGCCCCAUUCUCCCGCUUUCCAUCACCCCGCCCCAUUCUCCCUCUUUCCAUCACCCCGCCCUAUUCUCCCCCUGUCCAUCACCCUGCCUCAUUCUCCCGCUUUCCAUCACCCCGCCCCAUUUUCCCGCUUUCCAUCAACCCGGCCCAUUCUCCCUCUUUCCAUCACCCCUCCCCAUUCGCCCUCUUUCCAUCACCCCACCCCAUUCGCCCUCUUUCCAUCACCCUGCCCCAUUUUCCCUCUUUCCAUCACCUCGCCCCAUUCUCCCUCUUUUCAUCACCCCGCCCCAUUCUCCUGCUUUCCAUCACCCCGCCCCAAUCUCCCGCUUUCCAUCACCCCGUCCCAUUCUCCCGCUUUCCAUCACCCCGCCCCAUUCUCCCGCUUUCCAUCACCCCGCCCCAUUUUCCCGCUUUCCAUCAACCCGGCCCAUUCUCCCUCUUUCCAUCACCCCUCCCCAUUCGCCCUCUUUCCAUCACCCCACCCCAUUCGCCCUCUUUCCAUCACCCUGCCCCAUUUUCCCUCUUUCCAUCACCUCGCCCCAUUCUCCCUCUUUUCAUCACCCCGCCCCAUUCUCCCGCUUUCCAUCACCCCACCCCAUUCUCCCUCUUUCCAUCACCCCGCCCCAUUCUCCCGCUUUCCAUCACCCCGUCCCAUUCUCCCGCUUUCCAUCACCCCGCCCCAUUCUCCCGCUUUCCAUCACCCCGCCCCAUCCGCUUUCCAUCACCCCGCCCCAUUCUCCCGCUUUCCAUCACCCCACCCCAUUCUCCCUCUUUCCAUCACCCCGCCCCAUUCUCCCGCUUUCCAUCACCCCGCCCCAUUCUCCCUCUUUCCAUCACCCGUCCCCAUUCUCCCUCUUUCCAUCACCCCGCCCCAUUCACCCGCUUUCCAUCACCCAGCCCCAUUCUCCCGCUUUCCAUCAGCCCGCCUCUUUCCCCCUUUUCCAUCACCCCUUCCCAUUCUCCCGCUUUCCAUCACCCCGCCUGCUCGUGUUGAUGCUCGUGUGUCAGAUGCUCGUGUGUGGUUGUCUCGUUGUGCGCACUGCGAGUAAUCGCCCCUCCCCUGUCGUCAUCACCGCACGCCUUUCGUUUCUCCAUGGACGAGAGAAGCAGAUCAUUCACCUUGCCGCAGUUCGCCCCAUUUGCCCUCUCCCCAUCUACCCUUCCCAUCUCCUGUUCCUAUUUCCCCUCCCCAUCUUCCCUCCCCAUCUCCCUCCCUAUCUCUCGCACCCUACUCAGAUCCCGGGGUGGAGCGGCCUCGCCAACGCAUGCGCCACCAUCUUUGGGGACCACUACCCCCUGCCGCCCAGCCAGCAGAUGCCACCAAUCCUCCUCACUCCCACUGCACCACCCUUGCAUGCUCCAUGCAGCUCUUCCCUACCUCCGCGCUCCCACGCUCUCUGUCCCACCUCCAUUGCUCCCACCUCCACCACCCACAUCGACCUAGUUGCUGAUGCCGUAGCUGCUCCACUCGCUCCCCUAACUGCGUUGCUGUCGGCCCAAACCCAUCCGACCCGUUCGUUGCACUGCCUGCUCACCUGCCCCCACCUCCUCUCAUACUCUCUUUGCAAAAACACGGACGAGGCGCGGGCGAGGGACGGACUGACAAGGCACCUCCUUGCUCGCCUCCUCCGUGCCGGCGGAGGAGCGCCUGUCUUUGGAGGCGCCUCAAAAGGCGGCGACGGUGCUGGCAUACUCAUGGCACUGCCCUCCUCCGCGUUGCAUGAGGAACGAGCCGCCACCCGUGCUGCCCACCACGUGAGAUGCACGAGGCUGAAGGGCGGAGUGGACAAAAUGGCGGAGUUUGCAGCUUAG